GAUGAUAACAGAGGGCGCUCACGUGAGCAUCUGUCAUGCUGAUGAUGUGAGCAUUGUGGCGUUAAAACAGACGCUUCUUAUUCAUGACAAAAAGAUUGCAACCCAGGUGAAAAAGUGAAUUAGAAAAAUGGUUUUGAGUGGGUGAAAAAGAUAGAAAAUGACAACACGAGUGAAGAGUUUGGUAUGCUGGUCAUUAUUCAGGGUACUGGUACCUCUGAUCCUGUUAGCAGCAUGUGUGGUGAGGUACAAUGCCUUGUCCUUCCUGUAUGUGAUAUUUCUGUUAGUAUGUCCUCUGCUCAGGUCACCAACAGAGCUCACCAUAAAAGGGGGAACAGGACUGUAUUUGAAGCUUCUUAUUGUGCUUGGAGCUCUUGGUACUCUGGCUCACAUUAUCUUCCACAUCACGUUAGCAGCUCUGGAUAAACCAUAUGGAUUUGAUUUUGCUAACUAUGUUGGUUAUCUUCAUUUUUCUAAGCCGUCCAUAACUUGUCUGACAGGAGGUGUCUCUACAAGUUCAGCAAUUUCCUCUCGUUUAGGAAAUUUUUCAAAUAGUGGUUCAACAAAUGAUAAUAUUUCAAGACAGAUUGCUGUAGAAAGGUUGGAUGGUGUACCAGUGAUUAAUAUAAUUCGACUAGUAGUUCCUGACCUUGCUGUUCUGAUAACGGCCAUCUUGGUCUUUGUGAUCUGUUACGUACUUCUCAAGGUUCCUGAAGGACAAGACACAGAAUUACCAACCACAGCCAGCAGAACCCGCAGAAAACGAACUGAAAGAUUUUUACAUUUCUUUGGGACAUUCUUGGUGUUAUUAUUUUUGGCAGCUAGCGGUAUUAUAGUGCCUUCAAUUUUGGGAGCUUUUUACUUCCUGUCGUUCCUGUACAUAUCAACAUGGUGGGCUUUUUAUAACUCUCUCGGAUAUAAAUUUGCAGUGUAUAGAUUUGUCGUACUUGUGUGGAGUGGUCUUCACCUAUGUGUCUUACAUUUGUACCAGUUCCCGUUUUUCCAGGAAUUGGUUGAUCCUCAAUCUCUCGAAGCAAGAAUAAUAGGACUAACCGGUAUUAUCAAGACAGAUUGUGAAAGAACUUGGUAUGUUGAAUUUCAUGAUGCUAGUCAGUGGCCUUGGUUUGUCAAUCCAGGAAUCUUAUUGCUGUUGUACUUCACACUGGCUAUAGAAAGCAGGCAGUGGUUACAUCGUAAGGAACUCAUAAUCAUAGAGGAACCAAAAGCAAGAACUCGUAAAAAAUCAAGAAAAUCGUCAGAACGGCAGGUAGCCUUACAGGAUCUUAGCCAAAGAGAGCGAUUGGUUGAAAAUGAGAACGCAUCUUAUAGUACCUUUGACGAGGAAGGUUCUCCAGCUAUGUCUGCAGCUUUUGAGUCUGAUGAAGAUGAAGCUGAUGGUGACACUAAACCAGCCAAGAAGAAGAAACAAAUGAAAGAAGAUGUCAAACGUCCUUAUGCGGUGUCCAUUUUUGUUUAUGCAAUGAAACAGAGUUAUGUUUUAGCUCUGAUUGCAAUGAUGGCCUGGAGUAUCACUUUCCACAGUUGGCUGACUUUUGUAUUACUGUUGGGAGCCUGUAUAAUUUGGAUGAUUCCAAAGUCUCGUCAGCUGACCUUAUGUAUAUCACCAUUGCUGGUAGUCUAUGGAGAAUGUCUACUGAUAAUUCAGUAUGUCUUUGGAAUGAAUUUGAAAACUGAGCUACCAGAAGUAGUGAAUGGAGUGAAAUUGUAUGAGGUUGGACUGAAGACCUUUCCUUACCCAUGUUUACAACUAGCUGUACAGAUCCUGUUUACAGCUAUGUUUUGGUUGACACUACGGCAGUUUAUGAGAGAAAGAAAAGAAAGAAAGUACCAGAGUGGAUAUCAAUUGGAAGAUGUGUCUACUACUCAUGAAUCCCAAUCACCGUCUGCUCGGUCAUUCUUUAGUGGUUGGAUGCAGCUGCAGAAUUUAGAUUAUAAACGUUUUCCUUCCAGAGUGGAUAGCAUUGAUGGUUAUGACAGUAGUACUAUGAAAAAAAUAGGGAAAUACUUGUGGAGUGUGCUAGCUAAGUACUGGAUAUUUGUAUGUGCUGUGAUGAUGUUACUGAUCUCCAUACAGGAAGUGGUUAUUUAUAGAAUCAUUUAUAUGAUCCUUUUCCUCUUCUUUGUACUGACCUUCCAGUUGAGUUACAGGCUAUGGAGGCUAACCAUGUUUUUAUUCUGGUGGAUAGUUAUCAUCUAUUCUAUGGCUGUACUCAUUAUCCUGUAUACCUAUCAGUUUAGUGACUUCCCAAUGUACUGGAAAAAUGGAACACAUCUGUCAGAUGAAGUGCUGAAAGAUAUAGGACUAGAACAGUUCAACACAGCCACCCUGUUUGUAAAGCUACUGACACCAACAAGUUUCCUGAUUGUUAUCAUAUUGCAGGUCCAUUAUUUCCACAAGGAAUUCCUUACAAUCAGUGACUUAAAUAGAUAUGCGAAAGACUCAGAGGAAGUAGAAACUCCUGGUCCUGCAAUCUCUGAUACAGAAGGGGGUACUACAACGGAUACUGAUCAUGUGGUCUAUACCAAGACUAAAAGAUGGAGAAGGAAGCUAACAGACUGUUGGAACAAACUAUGGCAGCUGUGUAGUGACUGGUGGAAGAUUUUGUCUGAAAAUUUCUGGAGACUGAUGGAAAUUCACAUCUUUAAAAUCGUUGUCUUUGUCAUUAUUAUGGUGGCUGUUCAUGAGGUGUCUGCUGUGAGUGCUGUAUAUGUAAUUUUCCUAGCAAUAUUCCUUCCAAUCACUGGAGCAUGGCCAUGUAUGGCAGUGAUCUGUCAGUUCUGGACUGCCAUAGUAUUGCUGGCAAAGACCAUCUACCAGCUGAAUCUUGUCGAGAAAGAUUACUGGAUCACAAAUUGCACUGCAAAUUUCAGUAUGGAACCAACUAUCAUACCUUUAGUCCCUACAGUGAAUUCAUCCAGUGUUGUAAAUACAACUGGUUCCCCGGUAUUAGCCAAUUCAUCCGGAUAUAACAGUAUAAGCGGAAGAACAGGUUUUUCUGCUUCGAGUGGUUUAAAACCAGAUACUAAUGGAACAAUCAACCAAGCAUUGUGGGUAGGAUUUGAUAAGACAAGCCACCUGUCUCAUUAUCUCAGUAACUAUAUAGGAAUUCUGUUGAUACUUGUUCUGUACAAGCUAAUAAAAUGUCAUCAGUCACAACAUUAUAAGAGACCUAGUGAAAAAAGACCACCACCAGGAGUUAUCUUUCCUGAUAUCAAAAGACCAGAGGCAGACAGAGGCUUACUUCGUUGCUCUAAAUACUUUGCCAACUUCUUCUUCUAUAAGUUUGGACUGCAGUUGUGUUACAUCAUGUUAGCAGUAACCAUUUGUAUAAGGGUGGAUGUCUACAGUGUCAUCUAUGCCGUCAUUCUGGGGAUACUUCUGGUCCUCAGUAGGAGAGGGAAUGCUUUGAUAUGGCCAUUGAUUACCAUCAUUCUAGCUGUUAUGUUACCUGUGGAGUUCCUCAUUUGUCUGGGGCUACCUAAAGGAUUGUGUAUUGAAUAUCCUUGGUCUUACAUUGAGAUCUUUGAGAGAAACUUAGAGAAAUGGCUGUAUCUGCCUGACUAUAACUUCCCACCAAGAGCUAUCAAACUUAUCGCUGAUACAAUUCAACUGUUGUUGAUUUGUCUACAGUGGCAAGUAUUCAGACGUGAAUCAAGUGAAGGAGAUUUACACCCAGGAGGUUCCAAUAAGGAUAUCCUAGAAGAAGUUGAGGCCAGUACUCCAAUACUAGUGCCUGACUUUACCGGCCAUGCCAAGUCAUAUCUUGAUGUGUUGAAAAUAGGAUUCUUCACCUAUAUGUACUGGGUAACAUUGUUUAUUAUGUUUAUUACUGGUGCUACAAGGAUAAACCUGUUCAGUAUGGGUUAUGUGAUAGCUGUGUUUGUGUUUAUGUGGUAUGGACAGGAGUUCUUACUUCUACCUCUGAGAAUUAUCAGAAGAAGGUGGAACAUGCUGAUUGGUUACACGUUUUUUGUACUGUUUAUGAAAGCAGUGUUACAGCUUCUGGGUUGUGUGUAUAUAGACAAGCUAUAUACAGACCAAUGUUGGCUGAUACAGCUCUUAGGCCUGACUUGCCUAAAUCCAUCACACAUCUUUAAUACAGGUGAUUGUAAGGUUGAAGAAGAUGACACUGGGCUAGCUUGGGAUGUAAUUUGUUUCACAUUCCUUCUGCUACAAAUGAGGAUAUAUAACAGUCAUUAUUUCAGACAUGUUGUAGUUAUGAAUCAGGCCCAACACAAUCUUGCUUCUAGAGGAGCAGAACUGAUUAACCAAACAUUGAUAGAGAGUGUUCUAAAACAAAAAGAAGAGGAACGUCAAGUGUUAGACAACAUUAAGAAAAAAAUGGAUGCCAUCAAAGAAAAACAGAAACAUGUCAAGAAAGACUUUGUUGUGCCUGAUGAACAUUUUCAGACAAUCAGAUCUGGUGAUUACUAUUUGUUUGAUGAGGAAAGUGAAUCAGAAGAGGAAACUGGAGGCAAAAAGGUCAAAGACAGUAUAACUAUAGGUCAAGAUGAAGAAGAAGAUGAUACACCAAAUCCGUUACAGCUGAUAUCAACCGCAAUACAUUCUGGACCUGAUGCAGCUAUAGAUCAAGCUGAAGAUGCUGCAGAUAAGGACAAAGAUAAAGAGACCAAGGAUAAGGAGCAAGGGGUUGAAGAUGAAGAAGAAGAUAUCAUUGACAAAACUGGAACAGUUCUGAAGUUCAUACAAAAGCUAUUGGAAAGUCUGUUUGAUUCAAUCAUAGAAGUGUGUAAUGGUAUUUCUAAGAACUACAGAAUGGUUGCUGACCAGUUGGAAGAUGAGAUGAACAAGGAAAGACAAGGAAUAAGACGAUCUCUAAAGUUACAUCAUGAGUCAGAACACAAAGCUUUAGAUAUGAAGGACCAGUCUAUUGAAUUAGAAGGUCCAAUCGAGGGAUCAGCUGAGGAUGGACAACCUACAAGUACUGAUCUUGUAGAAAUACAGAUCUCAUCUGCUGAUGAAGAUGUCAAGAAGAUACCCAGUGAUGAUUCUCUGGAUGGAAAGAAACAGGAUAAGUUUGAACAGAGUAAAUCCAAGGUUUACCUCCUCCUGGAAGCUUUGUAUUACCUCCUCAUCUCACGAACAGAACUUAUCUGUUAUUUCCUGAUGAUACUGGACCAGAUUGUCUAUGCCAGCUUGUUGUCUUUGCCACUUCCAUUGAUGGUCUUCCUCUGGGGCAUGCUGUCAGUGCCACGCCCAUCGAAGAGCUUUUGGAUUACUGCAAUAACUUACACAGAGGCUAUAAUUGUGGUGAAGUAUCUGUUCCAAUUUGGUUUCUGGCCUUGGAACAAAGACCAGACCAAUUUAGAACCAUUUUAUCCACCGAGGAUUAUUGGAAUAGAGCAGAUUGAUGGAUACGCUACUGUGGAUCUUAUACUGCUGUUAGCCUUGUUUAUACAUAGAUCUAUACUCAAGAGAUAUGGCUUAUGGAAGGAUGCAGAGGAGAUAAAUUCUGACUUUGAUAAAGUGGAGAAAGAGAUAUCACCACAUGGGUCUCCUGUACCUAAAAGGGAGGAUACUGACUUAGUUGUGUCUGGUAGUACUGUACAGAGCUCUGGAGCACACAGUAGUAUAGAGGAGAGUCUAGAGGAUCCAAACACCAAGAAGAAAAAGGCAGAAAUGUCUAUGUUAGGCAAGUUGGUGAACCCUUUCAAGGAUUUUUAUAACCAGGUGACCAAUCCAGAUUACAAUGCUACAACAGAUGUAUAUGCCUCCAUGUUUUUCUGUGAUUUUAUUAACUUCUUCAUAGUAGUGUUUGGUUACACAGCAUUUGGACCUCAGCAAUCAGUUGGAACUGGAGAUGUCUCAUCCUACAUUCAAGAAGACAAAGUUCCUAUACCCUUCCUGAUCAUGUUGGUAGUACAGUUUAUCCUGAUCAUUAUAGACCGAGCCCUGUAUCUAAGGAAGAAUGUCCUAGGAAAGUUUAUCUUCCAAAUUGUACUGGUUAUACUGUUACAUGUAUGGAUGUUCUUUGUUUUACCUGAAGUCACUAAAAGGAAGUUUUCUGAGAACAGACCAGCACAGUUAUGGUAUUUUGUGAAGUGUAUUUACUUUGGAUUGUCGGCCUAUCAGAUCAGAUCAAGCUAUCCCACAAGAAUUCUGGGUAAUUUCCUCACCAAGAAAUACAACUACCUAAACUUGUUCUUGUACAAAGGGUUCUUGGCCAUCCCAUUCCUGUUGGAAUUAAGAGUUUUAAUGGACUGGAUAUGGACAGAUACUACAAUGGCAAUAGGAAGCUGGCUACAAAUGGAAGAUAUCUAUGCUAAUGUGUAUCAGCUAAAAUGUUGGAGGGACAUUGAAAGGAAUUAUCCCACUCCACGUGGAUUUAAGAAGAAAUCCCUGAUAAAGUAUGGAGUAGGAGGAUUGCUGUUGGUUAUUAUCAUCUUUAUAAUCUGGUUCCCACUUGUCAUCUUCUCAUUUGCCAAUACAGUCUUCAAGGUCAACCCACCUACAGAAUGUACAGUUACCAUGACAAUCAAUGGAUUCCAGCCGAUUUAUAAGAUGACAGUACAGACAGAAGGAAUUAGAGCUUUAUCUUCAGCUGAGUAUAAGACCCUUAAAGAGACAUUCAAUGGAAAUCUGAAUGCCAUAGCCUUCUUGACAGCAUAUGAACCAGAAGAUGUAACAGAGAUAGUAUUGAAUGGACAGUCCACAUCAUUGUGGGGAAUUAGUCCUCCGAGUAAAGAUGAACUUAUCAAACAGUUAUCCAGUUCAACUAAAGCUAGAUUGGAAUUCCAUGCUACUUUCUUGAGAACUCCUGCAUCAGCAUCAGCGGGAGAUACAUUAUCCUUUCAGAUAGUUAGAACUUUAGACAGUCACGAGCAAACAAUGUUAAGAGAUAUACUUACCAAUGCAACACAGUCACCAUUGAAUAUAACGAAAUUGUUCCCCAGGUUUUUGAAGAUACCAAGCAAGGGUGCAGCAACUGGAAUCAAGACUUUAAAUGAUGGUAUUGGUCUCAGUAAAGUACAGAUGAACUUACAAGGAAAUGAUCCUGUGGUUGAGUGGUGGAAAGUUGACGAGUUAAUGACUGGUACAGUUAUAUCUCCCAGUCCUGGGAAAUCAGAUAAAAUUGUCUCCCAUAUUUCCCUCAUAACCUUUAAUGCCAGAGUGGCGCCAUCUGGAUUUAGUUUCAUAACGAAUUAUGGCAUAAUUGGACUGUAUAUUUCCUUCAUAUUGUUGAUUGGAAGAAUCUUACGACUGAGUACAUCAGGAUUGAUAGGGAAUAUCACCUACAAUGAACUACCUUACAUCGAUAAUGCAUUGCAGCUUUGUUUAGAUUUGUACCUUGUAAGAGAAAUGGGAGAAUUCCGUCUAGAAGAAGAUCUCUACGCCAAACUUAUAUUCUUCUACCGAUCAGCAGAGACUCGUGUCAAAUGGACAAGACUUCCAAAUCAUCUCGUCAUCACCGAUGCUAAAAAGAAUGAUUAAUGUUUGAGAUGGAACUGAAAGAUAUUGAAUUAGAAGUUAAAGUAUAUUUGUUAAUGCAAUAAUAACCUGCAGUGGCCAUACACCUUAUUUGAUAUUUGAAAGCUUAUCAAAUAUGAAAAAAUUCAAAUGAUGUAUAAAUUUGAGUACUGCUUAAACCAUAAUUUUUUCUGCCAUUCUUGCUGACAUAUUGUAUAUUCAUCAAUUACACUCUAUUUUGUAUACUUAUAUAUUUUUUUUUAGUCAUUUUACAUUCAUGCUUAUAUUUAAAGAUUUGCAGCAAAUUUAAUGGCAAUUUUGUGUUUGUCUCUUUGCAUUCAUUUUAUGGUAAAAUGAUUUUAUCAGUUGUAUAUUUUGGAAUUUUUUGGUUUUGUCUGAAAAGACUGUAAAUUCUUUCCAUUUUGAUCUACAGGGUAUGUUUUCAUGAAAGAACUAUUACCUCUUACAUGUCUUAUGAAGAUAUUGGUUUUUCAUUGUUUUUUAUUUAUUUAAGUAUAUUUUUGUCAUGUUUUUAUACUUUGUGAAAAGCAUAUGAAGAAAUUUGGGAUUUUUUUUUUUUUAAAUGAAGGCUACAUUUAAAUUUUUUUUUGUGGAAUCAGGAAUGUACCAUUUAUAUAGAUUAAGAAAAAAUUAUCAAUUAAAAGUAAGUAUGAAAGAAGACAAUUUGAAUUGUCUCCCCUAGAUUGUAUGAUUUUCAUUUCUGUAUGUCACAAUGGUCUUUCGAAGAACAAUUUGUAAGUGAAUUUCUUUAAUGACCUUGGUCUUCAUUACUGAUAAUUAUAUGCAACUUAUAUACUAAAAUCCUUGUGGAAGCAUCAGUUAUUUUAUGUUUACUUUUUUCUUUAUUGGGAAAUAAUUACAUUACAUGUAUGUUUCACGAGAAUCCGUUAGUUUGAUUGGCUAAAAACAAUCAUGCAUCAUUCAAAAAUUGACCUUCAUAUCGAAAUGAAAUGUUACAUUCGUGAUGACACGUGCAACCACAAAAAAAAUGCACAGGUAAAUAAAAGAAAAACUUGAUCAAACUUUUUUUUCAUGGUCUUAUUAGCAUAAAAAUGUAAUAAUAAGAAAUGAAUGCUUCUUUUUGUAAUUUUAUUGGGGUGUAAAAGUGUUGCACACAUUUUUAGAAUGAAGCGCUUCAUACAAAAUGUGCUUCAGUCAACGCUUUUACACCCCAAUAAAAUUACAAAAGGAAGCAUUCAUUUCUUAAUUGAUAAAAGAUAGUGGGAAUCCCAAACUUGCAGGUUCAUACAUAAUAAUUGUAAAAUAAAUAAUCUUGUAUAUGUUGAUGUGUUAUAUUGCAUAGGAAAAAAAAUGAUUUAAAAUGGCAGUUUAUUGUUAGAGUGUUUUUGUUAAAAAAAUGUUUUGAAAAUAUAAUUUUACAUGCAAGCUAAUAUAACUUUUAGCAUUAACCAGCUUUUUAAGAUGUUUUAUACUGUGCAAUUUUAUAUAUAUCAGUGUUAUGUAAUACAAAUGCAGGUGAUUUUUGUAUAAGCUUUUACAUAUUAAAAAACUACCAUUUUGUGAGUAGAAUUGUUAUAUUAGUAGCUAAGAGUAUGUAUCAUUAGUUUAGUCGUGUAGUUUUGGGAUGUUUAGUAAGAAAUAUAUAUUUAGCUUCAUAUAGUUUCAUGAUCAUGUGCAAUAUGUAUGUCUAUAAAGUGUAACAUAUGAAUUUUUAAGCUAAUUUGAAAUUAUAUUUCAUAUUUUAUGUUCACAUAAAUACUUGUAUAAAAAGAAAAUGGCCUUUUAAAAUUGUUAUUUUUUUUAAUGAAAUUGCCAUUGUCGGCCUUUAAAUUUUGAUAUACUAGUUAAAAAAGUUCUUUAAUUCUUUUAUAAAUUCUUACAAUUUGUCUUUAGUGAAAUGGUAUCACAUUGAAAGCAUGAAAGAAUGUCAGGAAAAUAGUAAAUGUGAGCUACUGUUUUAUUAUUUUUUUAAGACCAUAUAAAAUAAGUAUUUUCAUUGUAAAUUAUUGUGACUUACCUCAUGAUAUUUUGUUUAAGAUGCAGAUUUUGGGUAAGACAUUUAAAGUUAUGCUGUUAAGAAACAUGAAAGUGUAUGUACAAAUACAAGUUUAAUGAUGCAUAGAAAACACUGAGUUAGAAAUUUCUUUUGUGACUUGUUGAUUAUACUGUAUUGUCAAGUUAUCAGCUUUAUAAUUCCUUAUUUACUAACAAAAACUCACUAAUUUCUUCAUUUCAGGAUUAUUGGACUAUAUAUUUCUGCUGUACUUGUGAUAGGCAGAUUUGUACGAGUGUUUUUUAGUGGUUCGUCAGAAGUUAUUAUGUUCUUAGAACUGCCAAACGUAGACUAUGUCCUCAAUCUGUGUCUGGAUGUAUAUA